AUGGUAUCCACAUGGCCCGAUAUCUCCCAUCUUGUGAUAUCAAAGCCGGAGCUAAUUGGUGUCCUGCGACAAAUGGGUCCCCAAGUCAAAUGGCCCCCUAAGAUGAAGGCUGCGGAGGCUAUUCGAAACCCCAAGCGAUGGAACGGUCAAGAGGCCGAGGGUCCUCAGCGCCUACUCCUCGGAAAAGAUGAGAUCAGCUUCACCGCAAGGGAGCAGGAGAAGGUCCUUGCUCCUUAUCAUGACGCCCUUGUCAUUUCACUUACCAUAGCAAACUGCUUGGUUAAGCGAAUACUAGUAGACAAUGGGAGCUCCAUCAACGUAAUCAUCCAUUCGGCCUUCGCCGACCUAGGGUUGGAACCUACAACUCUAACUAGAAAGGCGACUCCCCUUGUAGGCUUCAGUGGAGAGGUUAAGCAAACCUUAGGAGAAGUUUUCCUCCCCGUAUAUGCCGAGGGGAUAAACCAGGCAACAAAAUUCCUAGUCGUCGACUGCCCUUCAUCGUACAAUGUGAUACUAGGAAGGCCUUGGAUCCACGACAUGGGAGCCGUACCUUCGACUUUGCAUCAGCUGGUCAAGUUCCCAAGUCCCUGGGGCAUUAAGGCGGUCAAGGGAGAUCAAGAAAACGCUAGGUCCUGCUAUCAGACUACCCUAAAGGGAAAGACCCAAGUCUUAUAG